AUGCACAGUUUGCUCUAUAAAUACAUAUGUGUAUACGGGGGCACAUCUGCCGGCGUUAUGGCCGCAUAUAAGGCCAAAAAGUUGGGCAAAAGUGUUGCACUGAUAGAGUCGGGUCGACAUCUCGGAGGCGUCACAUCGGGUGGACUCGGAUUCACCGAUUAUGGAGAUAAGUCUGCAAUCAUUGGUUUAGCCAAAGAUUUUUAUCACAGAAUUGGUGUGAAAUACGGAAAAACUACCGAAACGUAUACUUUUGAACCACACGUCGCAGAAGUGGUCUAUAAUUCAUACAUAACUGAAGCAAAUGUUAGCGUUUUGUUUGACUACAGAAUUAUUUCGGCAAAAAUUGUCGACAAAAAAGUCGAGUCAAUAGUUGUCGAGAAAUCAAGUGAUUCUCAGAUCAGCACUAAUGUUGUCAUUACGGCUAAAAUGUUCAUUGAUUGCAGUUAUGAGGGGGACCUCAUGUCCAGAGCCAACAUCUCAUAUACUUUUGGCAGAGAAUCAAAUUCAUUGUAUAACGAGACACAUAAUGGCGUUCAGAUGCUAUCUGGGCAUCAAUUUCCCGAUAAUAUCAAUCCGUAUGUAAUUCCUGGCAACAAAUCGAGUGGUCUUUUGUGGGGCAUAAGUGAUGAAACACUCGCCAGACAGGGAUCGGGAGAUAAGAAGAUUCAGUCAUUUAAUUACAGGAUAUGUCUGACAAACAAUAAAACCAAUCGCAUAGACAUCGCAAAACCCGAUAACUAUAAUCCCCAUCACUUCCAACUCCUGAUCCGUUUAAUAGAAAAAUUAAAACCAAAAUCAAUCCGAGGUUUUGUGAUUCAGAGCCCAAUGCCUAACCAGAAGACAGAUAUCAACAAUUACGGGCCUUUCAGUACAGACGCCAUUGCAAUGAAUUAUGAAUAUCCGGACGGAUCUUAUGAGACCAGAAAGACGAUCGUUAAACAACACGAAGACUAUACCAAAGGAUUUCUGUAUUUCGUUGGACACGACCCUCAAGUGCCCCAACACUUAAGGGAUGAGAUGUUGUCGUGGGGUUACCCUAAGGACGAGUACAAAGACAACAACCAUUGGACGCAUCAGUUGUAUAUCCGAGAGUCGCGGCGAAUGAGUGGUCAGUAUUUAAUGACUGAGAGGAAUGCGAUGGGAAAAGAUUUGGUCAGCGAUGGUAUAGCGAUGGCAUCGUAUACUAUGGAUUCGCAUAACGCCCAAAGAGUGGUAGUGAACGGAAUGGUGAAGAACGAGGGCAAUGUUGAGUCGCCAGUUCCGCACCCGUAUCCGGUGUCCUAUGGAUCAGUAGUGCCGAAGUCGAGCGAAUGUCACAAUGUUUUAGUGCCGGUGUGUCUGUCGGCAACUCAUAUAGCGUACGGAUCCAUACGAAUGGAGUACACAUUCAUGGAGUUAGGAGAGGCCUCAGCCGUCGCCGCAGUCAUGGCUCUCGAGGCCAACACUUCCGUACAAGAAGUCGACACAAAACUGAAGAAACUGGUGGUCAGCUUCGGGUACAAUGAAGUACUCGACGAAACAGUGCUCGACAUCCAAGUGGUCCACGAGUUUGACCAUAAACUGAAGGCUCAGCACUCCUUCAUCGUCGGUACGGACCGACAGUUUGGA